AUGAAUCUAAUCGUGAAGCUCCGCAGAAGUUUCAGAACGUUGGUCAUUCUCCUGGCGACCUUCUGCUUGGCAAGUAUUGUGAUUUCUGCCUAUUACCUCUACACUGGCUACAAGCAGGAAGUGGCCCUCGUGGAAACCACUGGAGAAGCAGAGUGUGGAGACCUCAAGCUUCUACCAUACAGGUCCGUGGAGCUGAAAACAGCUAAACCCAUUGAUCCAUCUAAAACUGAUCCCACUGUUCUCCUGUUCGUGGAAAGCCAGUACUCCCAACUGGGGCAAGACAUCAUAGCCAUCCUUGAGUCCAGCAGAUUUCAGUACCACAUGGUCAUCGCACCAGCUAAGGGGGAUAUUCCCCCUCUCACAGACAAUGGAAGAGGAAAAUACGCGAUUGUUAUAUAUGAGAAUAUUUUAAAGUAUGUAUCCAUGGACUCGUGGAAUAGAGAGCUUCUGGAAAAAUACUGUGUGGAAUACAGUGUUAGCAUAAUUGGUUUUCAUAAAGCCAACGAGAACAGCUCCCCAAGUACAAAACUGAAAGGAUUGCCAUUACACCUUUACAAUAAUGUAGCCCUCAAAGACUGCGUGGUAAACCCUCAGUCUCCCCUGCUGCACAUUACCAAAGCACCAAGGGUUGAGAAAGGUCCACUGCCCGGCGAAGACUGGACAGUUUUCCAGUUUAACCAUUCCACCUAUCAACCUGUGCUUUUAACGGAACUGCAGACCUCCAGACCGCCCCCCGCCGCCUUGCCAAAGGCUGCUCUGUAUGCAACCGUCAUCCAAGACUUGGGGCUUCAUGACGGGAUUCAAAGAGUCCUUUUUGGAAACAACCUGACCUUCUGGUUGCACAAACUGAUCUUUAUUGAUGCCAUCUCUUUCCUGUCGGGGAAGAAGCUCACGCUGUCCUUGGAUAGGUACAUUCUGGUUGACAUAGAUGACAUCUUCGUUGGGAAGGAGGGAACAAGGAUGAACAUCAACGAUGUGAAGGCUUUACUAGAGACUCAAAAUUUACUGCGCACUCAGGUUGCAAAUUUUACCUUCAACCUUGGAUUUUCAGGAAAAUUUUACCACACAGGUAAGAAGGAACUUCAUGCUCUCAG